GAGCCCCGCCCGCCAUGAUGUCGUCGCCGCCGCCGCCGCCCGCCCCGCCGCCCGCCUCGGCGGGGCCCUCGGCGCGCCGCUUCGACCCGUCGGACCGGGCGUCGUGGUACGCGGGCCCGCUGUCGCGCGCGGAGGCGCAGAGCCGGCUGCAGGGGCAGCGGCACGGGACGUUCCUGGUGCGCGACUCCUCCACCUGCCCCGGCGACUACGUGCUGUCGGUCUCGGAGAACGCGCGCGUCUCGCACUAUAUCAUCAACUCGCUGCCCGGGCGGCGCUUCAAGAUCGGCGACCAGGAGUUCGAGCACCUGCCGGCGCUGCUCGACUUCUACAAGGUCCACUACCUGGACACCACCACCCUGCUCGAGCCCGCGCCCAGGUAUCCACUGAUGGGUUCUGGUUCUGGCUCCGUUGCACCUGCUGCAGAAGAGAAUGUGGAAUAUGUUCGGACUCUUUAUGACUUUCCUGGUAACGAUGCGGAGGAUCUACCAUUUAAAAAGGGGGAGAUACUCGUCAUCGUUGAGAAGCCUGAAGACCAGUGGUGGAGUGCCAGAAACAAAGACGGCCGCAUUGGGAUGAUCCCCGUUCCAUAUGUUGAGAAGCUUGUGAGAUCCUCUCCUCAUGGGAAGCAGGGCAGCAGGAAUUCCAACAGCUACGGGAUUCCCGAGCCUGCUCAUGCCUAUGCUCAGCCUCAGACCUCCAGCCCUCUUCCCAGUGCAACCCAUUCUCCUGGGGCCAUCGUCAGUCCCUUGCCAUCAACCCAGAAUGGACCAGUCUAUGCCAAAGCUAUUCAAAAGAGGGUUCCGUGUGCUUAUGACAAGACUGCCUUGGCAUUAGAGGUUGGUGACAUUGUGAAGGUCACAAGGAUGAAUAUCAAUGGUCAGUGGGAAGGAGAAGUCCAUGGGAGAAAAGGGCUCUUUCCUUUCACGCAUGUCAAAAUAAUUGACCUCCAGAAUCCUGAUGAAAAUGAAUGAUCUGCUGGCUCACCUCUACAUUGCUGCUUCCUUUUUCUGGCUAUUUUGAGCAUCAUUUGAAGUGCGAUGGUUAAUGGCACAUCAUAUGGACUGCCAAUUGCCCAUUUUUCCAUCUUGCAGUGAUUUCACAGCCUGACAGCGCUCUUUGGAAUGCACCCGAUUGUCCGGCAUUUGCAGUUUCUCCUAGAAGGAUUUUGAACUGUGAGCUGAUUGUGGUGCUAUCUAGGUAGAGGGGGAGGGGUUGAAACAUCCAGUUUCCUGGUUGAGAUGGAUAUUUUGCUCAGGAAGAGAAUUCUAAAUAACUGUGUCUAACUCCAAACAAUAAUGAAAAUGCAUUUUUAUGAGGCAUGGAAGACUUGAGAGCACAUAAUCAGGUUAAGCAAUUAGAAUAAUUAUGUCUUUAGGUAAUUUUUGAUGCUUCUGUGCUAAAAAGACAGUUUUUUUUUUUGAGUUUGCCAUUGAUUUAGAAUAAAUUACAGCAAACUUUUUGAGAAAUGCAUUUCCUCAUCGUCAUUUUUAUAAUUGUUUGUAUAAUUAAUUCAUUUGCCAUAUACCUGCCUAAACUUAUGUUGUUUGAUUCAGUUUUUUAUAUCUGCAAUGAUACUGCAGGCACUAGAUAUACCUUUUUAGAAGAAACUUUGUGCAAACUUUGGUGAAACUACAGUUACUCCUUUAAAAUCAACAAAAGUUUUUUUUUUUAAAAAGCAAAAACUAAGCAUUGAUAAUCAGUUACAGGGAAUGCCACAGUAACUCAAAAGAUCUCCCUCAGGCUUUGUUUUCCACAUAGGGGCACAGGAGUACAAAGUCCUCGUAAAAUUGGUUGUGCCUCUGUGCUGAGUUUAAACACAGUGAAAUAUGGUAAUGGAGAAACUUGAAUGUUGGUUUUAGCAUGUGAAGACCUUGACUCCCUAGGUGAUGUUCUUAAAAGUCCGCUGGCCCUGGUCUCUUGCCCCGCUGGGCCUCCGGCAUUACGUGUUCAGCUCGGCGUUAAAGUGCCUUAAUCCGAGGAUAAAAGGUGCUGAAGGGAAGCGAUUGGAGCAAUUUGGUCCAAAGCAUUUCGGCUCUCCAGCGGGGCUGGGCAGGUGGCUGACGGUCUGGGGAAAGGAGCAGUUUUACUGCCUGAAGAAGCGCGGAUUAGCCUUGCCGGGAUGCUUCCAGACCCUCCGUAAGAGACCACGCUGUGGCUGUUCUAGAAAGUGCCUGAGCACGUUUGAAUUACUGCAGUAGUACUACUGAGCCUUGUGUUAGGAACGCUUAAGCUGCACUAAAUGUCAGCCUGCCAAACAGUAAUAAUUCUGCAGCACAGCUGGCCUAAUCCUUCAGGGCAGUAUCUAAGCUGGCUGCGUGUAAAUGUUUUGCCUUGAUGAGCCACAGAGUGAGCAAGGGCACUUGGGAAUGACCUGGUCGUAAUUCCGCUGUACUACCUGUAGAACAACCAGCCCUUCCCAGUUUCCUUGGUUAGCUCCACCCUUGGUUGCUUUCUGUCUGGUAAACAGAGGUCAGGGCUUCACAAACAACUAUGCAAGUGAGUCUCAAGCCAUUUUCAAAGGCCACAGGAGGAGAAGCGGACAGUGGACCCCCUUCACAUCCAUCUGAGAUUAGACUCGGAGCAGCUUCUAUCAGAGCUGAUAAAGGCAGUUCAGGUGUAACAUACUAAAUUGAUUUGAUGGUACAUUUUAAUAGCAUCCAGAUGUUUGCUACUUUACUGUUUCAUUUUUUCCUACCUAGAAAAGCUGGAUGCGCUCUUAUUUGUGAAUGUCACCAAGGAUGAGCUGUCCUUGCUUUUGCUUAUAUCUGGUGUGUUCAGAGACCUUCCUGUAGAAACCAGCUACCCUCUGGAUAAUUGUGAGGGUCUUUUCAGUCUGUGCAUUUUGAUGUAAGGUAUUUGAUAUAACCUUGAAGUGGAACCCUUGUAAGGUCACUCAGAAAUUAGUUCCGCUAGCUGGUAAGGAGCGUGCAUAGGCUCAGCUUCAAAUUGGCAAGUAUAGCCAUGGACCGUGGAAGGCCUUCCAUUUCCUCAUUGCAACAAUUGAUGCCUCAGAUUAGCGGGGAGGUUAGAAGUGCUGGCCCUCCCAAGGAAAGUCCUGGCUGAAAUCAAACAAGGUCAUGUGGAUUGUCUUGUUAAGGGGUGAAAAGCAUUUGUUCUGCUAUUUCAUGUGCAUUUUUAUUUUACUUUGGGGGGUGGGGUGGAGGUGAGAUAUUGUGUCUGAGGACUGGUUUGGCUGCCCCAUCUGUCAUAAAUUUCUCUGGUAUCUCCAGCUGAACGUGACACUGUUGGGUUGCCAUUCUGUAGUGGGAAAGGGUAGCCUUGGGGUUUACGAAUGUUCACUGUGUUACCUCUUUUAAGUCAGUGAAGUCUCAUUUGGAUUUUGGGCAGUGAGGAGUUGUGGGGGGGCUGUGACUCAGGUGAAGGCACCGGCUUUGCCUGAAGAAGGUCCUGGGUUGAACCCUGACAUCUGUGGGAGGGCCGGGAGGUGCCUGGCCAAGCCCCUGUAGAGAUGGCGGACGGUCCAUUUCUCCCGGCUGAACUCAGCAGGCCCAGGCUCUUGCGCACCAUGGAGCAGCUUCUGGUAUUUGGGGACUUUGCAUCCUGUUUGAGGGGUUGCCGUAGCUUUUUAUUUUAUGCUACAAAUUAACAGUAUUAAAUAUAUUCUUAGAACACAUGAAAUGUGUUAAAAUUAGUGCCUUUUUGUUUUCUUAAAAUAUUUCACUACUGGUCCCAUAUCAGGCAAAGGAGUUCAGUGCCCUGUUUGUAUAUUCUCAAUAAAACAUACAUCCAAUUUGCAGGAA